AUGACGCUAUACUCAACGCCGCCGCCGCUUCAAACGUUCAAACACGACAAGCCGACGCUGCUGGUCUGCUGGUGGAUCACGCUCUUCUGCACCACCCUCAUCCUGAUACGCGUCGCCGGACGCUUCAUCCGCUCCGAGAGGCUCUUCCGUGAGGAUAAGACGGCUGCGCUCGCCAUCAUACCGCUCUUCCUCCGCAUGGGCUGCGUGCACGUCAUCCUGCUACUUGGCACCAACAACGCCCUGUUCACCGACUUGACAGACGAGGAAAUCCGCAGGAAGUCGAUCGCCAGUGGGCUGGUGCUCGCGAGCCGGAUAUUCUAUGCGGCAACCCUCUGGAUACUCAAGAGCGCUAUCCUCGAGUUCUUCAGACGACUGACCAUCAAAACCUGGACGCGGUCACAUGAGGUCACGCUGCACAUCAUACGUGGCACACUUGUCGCCACUUUCGUCGCCGUCCUCAUAUCCGACCUUGCCGAAUGUCAGCCCUUCGAGCGCUACUGGCAGGUCUUGCCCGACCCCGGCGGACAGUGCCGCCAGGGCUACGCUCAGCUGAUCACCAUGGCAGCGUGCAACAUCCUUACCGACCUUCUGCUCGUCUGCUUCCCAGUUCCCAUCAUCUUGACGAGCCACAUGAGUAUGAAGAGGAAGGUACAGCUGACCUUGCUCUUCUCGAUGAGCCUGGGCGUCGUGGCAACGACAAUAUACCGACUGCCUCACAUCCUGCGCACGGACGGAAGCCAGCAGACGCGCUCCCUACUUGCCUCGGUUGAGUUGCUAUUUGCUACAGUUGCGGCCAACGCAUUGGUGCUCGGAUCGUUCGUUCGGGACCGUGGCACGAAGAAGAAGAAGUACAAGCAUGGCUCCAUCGCCGCGGACUCUACGGAUCGAGCCUCGGAGCGCCGCCCGACGCUCAACAGGCAUUGGGGCAGUGACGAAGAUUUGGUCAGAGAUUUGGGCUUGGGCGUGGACCGUGAGCUCCGAGAUGCCGUUGGAGACGUUGAGGAAGGCAAUAAGCCUAAGAAACCGACGCUAGCACCGAUUGACAUGAGAAGUUGGCAUUUCCCCCGGAGACGCAGCCAUACCGGAGGAAGCGACGACUCCCCCUCGCGCGAUCAUCUUAUAUCCUCCAGCGGGAGCAUCUCGACUAUGACCCCUCGCAGGGUCUCGUUCUUCGAAGCGGGGGGUUUAAUGGAUAGCGAGAUGUCGCAGAGCAUAAGGGAUAGCUACAACUCCAGCUUAGAUCCCCUGACACCCCGUGGCGCGCCUUCGCCGACCAUGCCAGCAAGCACUUCAGGCUUCCUGCGUGGCUCCCAGGUUCUCCUGCUCGAGCUGGGAGGCCUGCUAAGCUCCUCUAACUCCAGACGAUCUCGGUCUAGCCCCAGAGGCGGAACCGAAUUGCAACCGAUAACUCAACAUCCCCUAGAGCCAGCUUACGAUCACGACGACCACCCUGACUCCUCACCUACGCUCGUGGAUGCCGGCGGCUUACUCAGGUGA